AUGCCAGCAGCAGAAAGACAUGAGGUUAUCCAGCAGGUCCAAGCCAUUCCCGGUAUUAUCCAAGACCAGGCCAGAUUACAGGCAUUUCCAUUCCCGCCGCCGACAACCAAACCGAUUCUAUUUAUCGCACCACCAAGGGACGACGGGAUAGUAUGCAAUGCGUGCCCGUAUGUCAUAGGAACAAUACAGGGCAUACAGAAGCAUCACCGAGAAGAACAUGGUUGGGUAAAUGAUUGGAAGAAGGGUGGCGAUGUAGCCAAGAGGGCAAAACAAGAACGUCAAGUGCCGUGGCGGACCGGUGUGUAUUGCCAACGAUUUUUCCUCGGGCAUGCCGCCAGCCGUUGGUUCAAGGUCAACCGCGGAUGCGAGGAGGAAGGGGCCCGUGUACAGCAGCAAGGCGCGGACGCCCGGUCAGUUACAGACCGCAAGGCCGCAUUUUUAACCCAUAUACACCGCGAGGAUGAAGAAGCAUUCGAGCAGGAGGCCAAGGCCCGGUUAAUACAGGAUAGUGAUAAUAAGUAG